GAUGUUAUGCUAGUACCGAACAUGAUUGUUAGUUAUCAAUGAUUUUGUGGAGAAGUUGGAAUCCUUCCUAUAUAUUGUUCGCGCACGAACAUUGCCCGAGGAGCACGUAUCUGUUUCUUGUGAAUUUAAACACGGUUUCCUUAAAUUAAGAAUGAAGCCGAAAGCAGAGUUGACAACGCAGUCAGCAUGGAAAAAAUUACAAGAAUAUUUCGAUAAUAAUCAAUCGAAACUUAAAAUAAACGAUCUUUUUCAACAAGAUCCUAAACGCUUUGAAAAGUUUAGUUUGGAAAUUCCAACUCCAAAUGAUGGCCCAAUUUUACUUGAUUACUCCAAAAAUCGUCUCACCGAUGAAGCGCUUAUGCUCUUGUUGGAACUUGCACGUGAACGUGAAAUAGAAGCAGCAAGAGAUGAUAUGUUUAAAGGGGAAAAAAUUAAUUUUACUGAGAACAGAGCUGUUCUCCAUAUUGCUUUACGGAAUAGAUCAAAUAAACCAAUAUUAGUUGACGAUAAGGAUGUGAUGUUGGAUGUAAAUGCUGUAUUACAACAUAUGAAACAAUUUACUGAGGAGGUUCUCUCAAAACAGUGGAAAGGUUUCACUGGUAAACCAAUAGAAGAUGUUGUUAAUAUUGGAAUAGGUGGUUCAGAUUUGGGUCCAUUGAUGGUCACAGAAGCACUAAAAGCAUAUCAUAUUGGACCAAGAGUACAUUUUGUUAGUAAUAUAGAUGGAACUCAUAUAGCUGAAACUCUUAAAAAGUUGAAUCCUGAAACAACUCUCUUUAUAAUUGCAUCGAAAACUUUUACCACUCAAGAAACAAUUACAAAUGCUACUUCUGCUAAAAUAUGGUUAUUGGAUGCUCUAAAAAAUGACGCCGCAGUUGCAUGUCAUUUUGUAGCAUUAUCUACCAAUAACCAAAAAGUUAAAGAAUUUGGUAUUGAUGAGAAAAAUAUGUUCGGAUUUUGGGACUGGGUUGGGGGGCGUUAUUCUUUAUGGUCAGCUAUUGGAUUAUCAAUCUGUUUAUCCAUUGGUUUUGAAAACUUUGAAAAAUUAUUGAGUGGAGCACACUUUAUGGAUCAACAUUUCUGCAGUGCUCCAUUAGAAAAAAAUGCACCAGUUAUAUUAGCUUUACUUGGCAUUUGGUACCAUAACUUCUAUAAGGUUGAAACACAUGCAUUGUUACCAUAUGACCAAUACUUACACAGGUUUGCUGCUUAUUUUCAACAAGGAGAUAUGGAGAGUAAUGGAAAAUAUGUGACUCGAGCAGGAAAAGUUGUAAAUUACAGUACUGGCCCAAUUGUGUGGGGAGAACCCGGUACUAAUGGUCAACAUGCUUUUUACCAAUUAUUACACCAAGGUACACGAAUUGUACCUGCUGAUUUUAUAAUUCCAGUACAAUCGCAAAAUAUGGUACAAGGAACACGGCAUCAUAAAAUAUUACUCGCUAACUUCCUUGCACAAACUGAAGCAUUAAUGAAAGGUAAAAAUGAAAAUGAAGCAAAAACUGAAUUAGAAAAGGCUGGAAUGAGUCCUGAACAAGUGAAUUUGUUAUUGCCGCAUAAGAUGUUUGAAGGAAAUAGACCUACUAACAGCAUUCUAGUGAAAAAAGUGACGCCAUUUACUCUUGGAGCUUUAAUCGCUAUGUACGAGCACAAAAUCUUUGUACAAGGAAUUAUAUGGGAUAUUAAUUCGUUUGAUCAAUGGGGUGUUGAACUAGGAAAACAAUUGGCAAAGGCAAUAGAACCUGAAUUGGAAACUAAGGAAGCAAUUACAAGCCACGAUUCAUCAACAAAUGGAUUAAUUGGAUUUAUUAAGAGUAAUCAAUGAAUGUGUUAAAGAUUUAUUCUAUAUGAAGCCAUGUUAAAAUAUACUUUAGUGUUCAUCAGUUAUCCUAAUUAAACCAAAACAUUUUCUAAAUGUUACUUCUGAUCUUUAUUUUUACAAAUUAUGUACAAUGUAAAAUAUAAAAUUUUUAUUUACAUAAACAACUGUAAAAUAUACAUUAAAAUUGUAAAUUAUUG